AUGGCGUUGCGUGAUGGCCUGGUCGCUUUGGCCUCCUUCUUCUCCAUUGUCGCCGCCCAGACGACAAUCUCCACGGACAACUUCCAAGCCGUCCUCGCAGCCGACUCCCAGGUUCUGCGCUCGCUCAAGCCAGCUUCUCUGGACUCGUUCGACUUUUCUCCCGACGACGUCUUCUCCUCCAGGAACGGGGAUGGCAACUACCACACCGGCGACAUCACCUUUCGGUACCGCAGCGGCACUUCAGGCAGCUGGCAGACUGGCGACAGCGCCGCCGAACGUGCUCCCGUUACCUCGAGCUCGGGAGGGCUUGCAUCAGCAAGCCUGGGACCUACCUUGGCCGACGCAGCCGCCACGCUAAAUGUGACGCGCAGAUGGAUUGACGUGGACGGCGACAUUGGCCUGGAGUUCACUCUCACCAACGUGGCGGCCGAAAGCGUGGAGAUUGGGAGCCUCGGAAUGCCGGUCGAGUUCAACAACAUCUUCACCGACCGCACCGCCGUCGAGACACGCGACAACUGCGUCCUGCUUGACCCGUACAUUGGCCUCCACGCCGGCUACGUCCAGGCAACCCGUCUCACCGGCACCGGCCCGAAUCUUGUCGUCACCCCCCUGAAUGCCGACACCAAAUUCGAGGCCUGGCGCUUCUUGCCCGAGGACAGCACGGAGCCGCUCUACUACCAGUCGCAGACGUACGAAGGCAACUACGAAUGGCAAGUCUACACCAAGGCCUGGGCCGAGAACGAGUGGAGCGGCGUCGACCCCUGGAACGAGCCCACCUCGGCCACGCUGGAACCGGGCGCCAACAUCACCGUCGGCCUGCGCUUCUCCGUCGCCGCAUCCGCCCCCGAGAUCGAAGACACAGUCGUGGCCUCGGGCACCCCGCUCGCCGUCGGCAUCCCGGGCUACAUCCUCCCCACCGACGUCACCGGCCGGCUCUUCCUGCACACAAACGACACGGUCGACUCCAUCUCCAGCACGCCCGCGGACGCCUUCACAUUCAGCGACCCCAGCACCCGCUCGGCCGGCGUCGUCGAGUACCAGCUCACGCCCUCGGCCAGCGCCUGGGGCCGCGUCCGGCUGACCAUCCAGUACGCCAGCGGCAAGACGCAAACGGUGCACUACCGCCUCACCAAGCCCGCGCCCGAGGCCGUCGCCGACCUCGGCGCCUUCCUCACCACGGAGCAGUGGUUCGACGACACCAGCGACCCCUUCGGCCGCGGCCACUCCAUCAUCACCUACGACCACGACGCCGCCGCCCUCGUGCUGCAGGACAACCGCGCCUGGAUCGCCGGCCUCAGCGACGAAGGCGGCGCCGGCGCCUGGCUCGCCGCCGCGCUCAAGCAGUCCGCCGCGCCCUCGGCCGCCGAGGUCGCCAAGCUCGAAACCUUCGUCGCCGACGUCGUGUGGGGGACCUUGCAGGUCUCGACCGACGGCGCGGAUGACCAGUACGCCGUGCGCAAGAGCGUCUUCUACUACGAGCCCGACGCCGUGCCGGCCAACUACACGUACGACCCGGCCAUCGGCUGGGACACGUGGUCGGCGUGGGACCGCGCCGCGGCGUACGCGACGGACCGCGCGUACGACUACGUGCACGUCGCGGGCCUGUACUGGGGCUUGUACCGCGCGGGGCGGGCGGCGCCCGCGGUGCUGACGCGCAACCUGACGGCCAACGACUACCUGCUGCGCGCGCAGAAGACGGUGGCGAGCAUGAUGAGGACGGACGCCGCGGGGGAGCACGAGACGGGGUACUGGGACCUGGGGCUGAUGGGCGAGACGGUGUUUGGCCACGUGCUGGAGGAUCUGAGGGCCGAGGGCCUGACGGAGCAGGCGGACGAGCUGGAGGCGGACAUGCGGACGCGGGCGGAGCUGUGGAAGGGGCAGGAGGAUCCGUUUGGGUCCGAGAUGGCGUGGGACAGUACCGGGCAGGAGGGCGUGUAUUAUUGGGCGAAGUACUUCAACGACACCGCCACCGCCUCCAAAGCCAUCUCCUCCAUCACCGGCUACAUGCCCACCGUCGCGCACUGGGGCUGGAACGGCAACGCGCGCCGCUACUGGGACUUCAUCUACGGCGGCAAGCUGCAGCGCCUCGAGCGCCAGAUCCACCACUACGGCUCCGGCCUCAACGCCCUGCCGCUCCUCGCCGCCUACCGCAGCGACCCGUCGUCCGACGCCGCAUCCGCUUACUACCGCCUCCGCGUCGGCCACGCCGGCAGCCAGGCCGCCCUCGCGUCCAUCCACGCCGACGGCUUCGCCGCCGCCGCCUUCCACUCGUGGCCCGACACGCUCGCGUGGGACGCGUACAGCGGCGACUACGGGCCCAACUUCCUCGGCCACGCCCUCGCCGCCACCACGUACCUGGCGGCCGAGCACGCCGUGUACGGGUGGACGGCGUUUGGCGGGAACGUCGUCGUCGAUGAUGCAGCCGACGUCGUCGUGACGGUGAGUCCGAAGGAUUCGGCGAGGAGGAACGUCUACGUCGCGCCGCUGGGCGUGUACGUGCGGCUGGAUGCCGGGGUGGUGGACGGGUUUGCGUACACGCCCGGGACGAAGGGGCUGGUCGUGCGGGUGAAGGGGGAUCCCGGGUAUGGGGCGGAGGUGGCGAGCAGCGCGGUGGUGACGGUGGAGCAGAGCGCGGUGGUGGAGGGGGUGGGCGAGGUGAGGGUGGUGACGGAGGGGUUGGAGAGGGCCAAGGGGGGGUGGGUGGUGGAUCUGAGUGAUGGGGAGGUGCAUGAGGUGGCGUUUGGGGUUUGA